AUGGAACCGAGUACCUGUAAGGCCAGCGAAUCGGAGGAAGACUAUGUUGAGGAAGAGGAAUCUGAGGAAGAGUGUGUUAAAGAGGAAGCUACCAGCCCUUCUAAGCCUUCGCAGCAGGCAUUCCCAAAGGCUGACUGUAAGACAUUUGAGAAUGGGGUUCUCUUAUCCAUUAUAGCCAAGAAAAUUCCAAAGAAAAUCAUAGCCCCAACUGACACAGAUGACUUAGAAGCUGGGAAGAGAAAGAGAAGGCGGAAACGCAGACCCCUGGCCAUCAACCUGACCAACUGCAAGUAUGAGAGUGUGCGUCGGGCAGCGCAAGUGUGUGGCUUGAAGGAGGUAGGGGAGGACGAAGAGUGGACUGUGUACUGGACAGACUGCUGUGUCUCGCUGGAACGAGUCAUGGACAUGAAGAGGUUUCAGAAAAUCAACCACUUCCCCGGCAUGACAGAAAUCUGCCGCAAAGAUCUGCUGGCUCGGAACCUCAACCGCAUGCAGAAACUCUACCCCACGGAGUACAACAUCUUCCCCCGCACCUGGUGCCUCCCCGCAGACUACGGGGACUUCCAGUCCUAUGGUCGUCAGCGAAAAACCCGCACUUAUAUCUGCAAGCCAGACAGUGGCUGUCAGGGACGUGGCAUCUUCAUCACCCGAAAUCCCCGGGAGAUCAAGCCAGGAGAGCAUAUGAUCUGCCAGCAAUACAUUUCCAAGCCCUUCCUCAUUGAUGGCUUCAAGUUUGACAUGCGAAUCUACGUCCUGAUCACGUCCUGUGACCCUCUUCGGAUCUUUGUGUAUGAGGAGGGCCUGGCCCGGUUUGCCACCACGCCCUACGUGGAGCCCAGCCACAGCAACCUGGAUAAUGUCUGCAUGCACCUGACCAACUAUGCUAUCAACAAACACAAUGAGAAUUUUGUCCGGGAUGAUGCUGUGGGCAGUAAAAGGAAGCUGUCAACACUCAACACCUGGCUACGAGAGCACAGCUAUGACCCCCAAGAGCUGUGGGGGGACAUCGAGGACAUCAUCAUCAAAACCAUCAUCUCAGCCCAUUCUAUUCUUCGCCACAAUUACCGAACCUGUUUUCCCCAAUAUCUGAGUGGAGGUACAUGUGCCUGUUUUGAGAUCCUUGGUUUUGACGUCUUGCUGGACCACAAGCUGAAGCCCUGGCUGCUGGAGGUAAACCACUCUCCAAGCUUCACCACGGACUCACGCCUUGAUCAAGAGGUAAAGGAUGCACUUCUCUGUGAUGCCAUGACCCUUAUCAACCUCCAAGGCUGUGACAAAAGAAAGGUGAUAGAGGAGGACAAGCGGCGAGUCAAGGAGCGGCUUUUCCAGUGCCACCAACAGCCACGAGAAGCCAGGCGAGAACAAAUUGAGUCAUCCCAUGCAGCAAUGCUGGACCAGGAACAAUAUGAGGAUUCGCACCUGGGGGGAUACCGGAGGAUCUACCCUGGGCCUGACACGGGGAAGUAUGCACCCUUCUUCAAGCACAAUGGCUCCCUCUUCCAGGAGACUGCUGCUUCCAAGGCCAGAGAGGAGUGUGCCAGGCAGCAACUGGAAGAGAUCCGCCUUAAGCAAGAACAGCAGGAGACCUCAAGCACUAAGAGGCGAAAGGACAACAAGGACCAGAACCAGGGUGAAUCAGCUGGGGAGAAGAGCCGAUCCAGGGCAGGGCUCCGGGGCCUUUCCACCCACUUGGCUUACAGGAAAUGGAACCGGCAGAAAGAGCUGCUACCAGUACAACUGGACACCAUGCAGCCUCAACAGAUUGUGGAAUCGGAGGAGCUGGAGCGGAUGAAGGCUCUGCUACAAAGGGAAAAUCUCAUCCGAAGCCUGGGUAUUGUAGAGCAGAUCACUCGCAUGCUGCACCCUAUCCACCAGGGCCAGACAAAGCUUCAUGAGUAUCGGCCUAGAUUUCACCAGGAUGGGCCAGGCAGUCAAGAAAUGCAAUCUGUGAGUCUGGUCCCAUUGUUGCUCCUGAGAAGGGCUGCCACAGAGCAGGGCCCUCCUCAUUUCCUGCAUCCAGUUCGGCCCCAUGAAUUGAUCCCCAGGAUCUUAGGGCCACUGCCAAGCAUGAAUGUCGCAAUUCUACAUCAUUCCUGGUGCCAACUGAAGCCCAAGACCUUCAAGUGGAUAGGAGAUACAUCGGCCUUCGGCCCCUGUUCAUUGUCAAUGAAGAAAUCUGGGAGGCACUGUUUUUCCGGUGCCAGAGUCAAGCUCACUAGUCAAGGCCAAGCCAGCAGAAGGCUAGAAGCCAUAAACCAAGCCCUGGCAGGAUCAGUGCCACCCACUUUAACCCCAAAGCAGGGCUAUCUUCUGCAACCGGAAAGAGUGGCAUGUGAUACAUGGACUGAAUGCACCUUGCCCUCCAUGGUAAACUCUGAACACAGAGCAGCCAAGACUCGGGAUCUCACCCUCUGCACUGCCUCUGCACCUGUGCUGCAGCGUUCCAGUGCACUCCUCAACAUCAGUCAGCACAGGUAA